AUGAAAUUCACUUAUUUAUUCUUAUUUGCACUCUUGUUGAGUGUCACAGUUGGAAUUAACGUAAGACCAACUCAUAACAUCCCAGUCAACAAUGAUGGUAUUACAAGCACUGGUGGUGGAAAUAAUUGUCUUAUUUGUACUCUUAUUCUUUCUUUGGUUGAACAAUAUUCAUUACUUCACGAGCAAUCAAUUGAUAAAGCUAUGGAUGAUAUUUGCUCUUUCUUACCAAAGGAUGCCUCUAAAACCUGUCAACUUGCUGUUUCUUUGUAUGGAAAUCAAAUUGUUCAAUAUUUCGGAGAGUACCAACAUGCCGAUGAUGUUUGUCAAGCACUCAAGUUUUGUACACUCCCAUCAUGUCGUCUUUUCAAUAAUGUAACUGCUACUUACCAAGGACCAUUCGGUGGUGUUAGUAUGAUCAAACCAAUCAAGGAGAGUCCAUGGGAUUGGUUAAAGAAUAUUUUCAAUAAUUUCAAUCAGAAGCAUCUUCCAGCUUUAGAUGCCGACGCUGAUAGAUUCUCUGAUGCCCCUACUUUCCGUGGUUACGAUUGGAGAGGUAGAGAUUGUGACGAUGCCAACAAUAAUGUAUAUCCAGGUGCAUCACCAGUAGCAGGUCAACCAGAGACCGAUUGGAAUUGCAACGGUAUCGUUGGUAUGAAUACUACCAGUGGUAUUUCAUGGGAGGAUGAAUUGUGUGGAAACUCUGGAGCUAUGGGUACCAUUGUCGUUGGUGACAGUGCAGGUGCUCAUUUCUCAAUUCCACCACAAUGGUUGACUGCUAGUGAACUCAACUCCACCACCUACCAAGGUAUGAUCGGUGCCAUUGAAAAUGAACUCGAUUGGCCACAUCGUUCCAGUUACACCGGUUGGGUUCCAUCCACAGCAGAGAUCCCAGUCGAUUCCAUCUAUCUUCGUUUGCGUGAGCGUAAUCUUUGUAAUCAUCGUGACUACCAAAACACUGGUGUCAACGGUGCCGACUCAUUCAAAGUUGCCGGAGGAAACAUUCAAUCGGUUGCUCGUAACCAACAAACUGACAAACCAGCUCUUUUCUUCUUGGAGUUGAUUGGAAACGACGUUUGUUCCGGUCACCACGAUUUGGAUCACAUGACAACCAUCGAACAAUUCACUGCAAACACUCUCCAAUCUUUGUCCUAUUUGGAUACCAUAUUACCAAUGGGUUCGCAUGUUGUCUUUAUUGGUUUGGCCGAUGGUCGUGUCCUCUGGGAUUCACUUUGGAACCGUACUCACCCAAUCGGUGCAACCUACGAACAGGUCUAUGACUUUUUGAAUUGUUUGGAAACCAGUCCAUGUUGGGGAUGGAUGAAUCCAAAUGAAACUGUUCGUGACGCCACCAGUGCACGUGCCGCUCAACUCUCAGCAGUCUACAAUGAAAUCAUCAAGAACUACACCUACACUCACUUUGAUAUGCAAUAUUACGAUUUCCCAUUCAACGCUAUCAAUGCCAAGUGGAUCGCACAGGGUGGACAAACCUACCAAUUGAUUGAACCAGUCGAUGGUUUCCAUCCAAAUCAAAUGGCCAACUUUUUGAUUGCCGGUGAACUUUGGGAUCAAUUAAUGACUGACCACCCAGAUUGGUUAGGUCAAGUCAACCCAAAUAAUCAAAUAAUUCAAUCUCUAUUCGGAAAUCAAGGUGGUUAUUAA